AUGGAUCUUCAGGAUCAGGGAUCAUUUGAAAACCUGCCUCUGCUGCUUCAACCGCUGUUGCCUCUGAUCCUGCUCAGCCUUAAGAUGGUCAGCACAGAGGGUUCUCCUGAGUCCUUGGAGCUGCUGGCCUCCCUCACCUCCAUGAACACCAGUGUGGACUGCAUGCCCCAGGGGCUGCACCCCGCCAUCCCUGCCCUGGGAACCCUUCUCCUGCUGGGCUGUGUCCUGCUGAACGGCAUGAGCUUCUGGGUGUUCUGCUUCCGCAUCAAACAGUGGGAUUCAGGCAUGAUCCUGCAGGUCAGCCUGGUCCUGGGAGAUGUCCUGAUCAUCCCUGUUGCUCCACUCAGGAUUUCCUACCUCAGCCUCGGCAAUCAGUGGCCAUUUGGGCAGUUUCUCUGCCAGCUGGAAUUCUUCCUGGACAGCAUCCACAUUUACAGCAGCAUCUAUUUCCUGACGCUCAUCUGCAUUCACCGAUACUUUGUCGUUGUACGAUACAAGAGCAAGUCCCUCUGGAAGAAGAAGAGCUUCUUGAGAAAGCUGUGCUUGUUCGUCUGGCUUGUCCUCAUUGUCCAAGGGCUGCCUUUCUUCUUUGUCCUCAAGACUUCAGCUAUCGAUGGCUCAGCAAAAUGCCUAAAUAUUCAUCAGUUAGAGUUGUCCUCUAUUUACUACUUCUACAACAUCAUUGUGGUUGUGCUCUCUUUCCUCCUGCCCUUUGCCGUUUCCUUGGCUUGCGGAGCUCUGCUGGGAGCUGCCAUUGCUAAAGUGGCAAAGAAAAGCUCCAGAGGCAAAAAGAUGAAGAGCAGGCCUCUGCAGAUGAUAACAGUGUCUCUGGUGAUUUUUGCUGUCUGCUUUGGUCCCCUGCACGUCUGCAGGACCAUUGGCAUCACUGUGAAGUACUACGGCAUGCCUUGCAAGCUCUUGCACCAAGUAGAAGUUGCCUACUACAUCAGCUGGGUGUUCACCAUGGCAAACACCUGUCUGGAUCCCCUGAUUUAUGUGUUUGCUAAUGAGAAGUUUAAGAGGAGCUUUGCUGACUCCUUUCGCAAACGCUGGGGCACCAAAGUGACUAUGAAAGGUCCAGUAGCCACCACAGACUUGCCCAGAGGAACCAGCCUGGUGGUCUUCUCCUUCCCCUCCUGCCCUAUGGAGAUGGGUGCCUGA